AUGGAUUACCCCUUCAAAUCGUCGGAAUAUGUUGCUCAACUGGUUGGUUCUUGUAAUGGUAUGGUUUGCCUAAUUUUGCAUCAUGAUAAAACUGGAUUAUUUUGUGUAAUUUGGAACCCAGCUACUAAAGAACAGAAGAAGGUAAUUAAGUUGCAGAAAGCAUGGGAUAUGGGUAAUUGUGGAUUUUCUUUUGGUUAUGAUCGUGAAACUGAAGAUUACAAACUGGUAGUUGUGGAUACCUCUUUGAGUAGUUCUUUCUCUUUAAUCCAUGUCUAUACUGUACAGACAAAUUCAUUUAGAAGCUUUGUGGAUGCCCGUGGAGCCCGAGGCCACUGGUUUUAUGAAGUUAUAGUCGCUUUCGAUAUGUCUGAAAAGAGACUUGAGAAAAUCAAAUUACCAGGUUUAAUGCAUAACCAUAUAUCUACCCAUUUCGGGUCUAUGAGCGUGGGAGUCCUGGAAGGGUGCUUGUGUACAAUUGUAAAUGCUAAGGCUUCUAUUGACGUUUGGGUGAUGCAGGAAUAUGGUGUUCGAGAAACUUGGAAUAAACGUUAUAGCAUUACUAAUGAGAGAAUUAUGAAUAGCCGUAAGUUGAGGCUGGUGUAUUCUUUUAAGAAUGGCCACAUGCUAUUCAGUGCUGAUCUCUGUAAACUUUUAUCUUAUGAUCUGAAGGAUGGAAGUGUUAGAGAACUGAAUAUUCAGAGUUGUUCAAUCUAUGGUGGUGAAGAAAUUUAUUGUGAUAGUUAG